AUGCCCAUCGGCGCAAACCUCACCCCUCGCCAAAAGGUCAACCGCGGCGUCUGGGCCGCUGCUUUCGGUGCCGUCAUUUGCGUUGGAGCCCUGACUGGCGCACAGCUCAAGAGCGACGAGCAAAAGACACAGGCUAUCAAGCAGUUUCGCCAGACGACACCGGCUGACCAAAUAUCCAUCCUCGAGGACCAAAAGAAGCAUCUCCUGCAGCAAAAGGCCGGACUGGAGCGCAAGGUCCAAAUGUUCCAGUUGCGUGUCAAGGAGAGGGAAGCCAAGAAGGAAAAGAGCGAAAAGAGCUCCUGA